UUAUUUCUUCAGUUUUAUUAUUGACUUUGUUUUCAUUGAAGAUCGUUAUUAGUCCUCUUUAAAAAGUCAGGCGACUUGUUCUAGCUAGAAGGAGAUGCUGUCGUUAAGUAUAGCGAUGUGAGGAAGUAAUACAGUUGUAGAAUAUUAGCGCGAUUUUCUCACUACAGUAAAAGGUCUUUGCGACUGCCUGAGGUGCUAGCCCUCAUAAAACACCCCACCGGAGGUUUUACCUGGAAAUGGGAACACGAUAACUCAAAGAGAAAACUUGGAACUGGGACUUCUCUCCACAUUUCGUACCAUCAUUAUUCGAGACGGCCUCGCCGAAAUGAGACAGCGCUUAGCAUUGUAGCUGUGCAGCCUUUUCCUGGUAGAUCUUCCUCCGAAAAGUAUCGGAAACAAGGGCAUCAUGUGGGGUGAGGCCAUCUCGACCUUACUUCAUGUAACCCAGCUAGACUUUUAUUGUACCACGAGAGCACUGCCUUCCCGAUACCAACGGAAGUGCUUGUGCUAUCGACUGCCAUCGUGGAAUUAUAUGAUAAAGCAAAACUCGCCAGAGAUGUCUUGCUUCAACCGCCGCAGCAUGGAGCAUUACGAACUCUUGAAAGCCCCAUUGUGAUUAUACCUUAUCACAGUCUGAAGAACAAGGCUGAAAGUCGCGAAAGACCUCUUUUUCUCUCUCUCUUUCUCUGUCUUAUUGCUUCUUGCCCCUCCCUCUCCCCCUUCUCCACCCUGGCCGGGCUUUCUAUUCGGGGACCUCGCUUGUGGGGUGGCCAGCCUGCAGGUCGCCUCGCCCCAGAAGCACACUCAUUCGAUGUAUUUAGCAUGGGUGGAAUCACCGCCGCAACUCCUGGCCCCCCCAAAACACAUCUCGCAUAAUCUGAGCGGCUUCACGUCCAUGUCUUGGUCGGCGAACAUAGCCAGAGCCAGAGCCAGAGCCAUGGAUCCACAGCCAGCAAUCGUCAAUAUCCCACUCACGCACGCUCAGCCAGUCCCCAUUGAGACAUCCCCAGCUCAGCUCGCCGGGCCAGGAGUGUCUCCCAGCUCGGAUGAUGCAUUUGUGCCUGACAACCCAGGCAGUGAAGGGAUCCGUCAAUCGUCCAUAGCUUCGACCUCUACCUCCUCAGGGUCUCGCCCAAAUCAGGCACAGCCCCAGUCCCAGUCUCAGUCCCAGUCGCAGGCUCAACAAGCAAAAGACAAAGAAAGGGCAACUGUCCCAUCCGCCUGCGUCCAGUGUCGCUCGAAGCACCUUAAGUGCGACGGGCUUCAACCUUGCUCUCGAUGCUCUUCCAACGGCUUCGAGUGUGAGUACGUGAGGAGCCGCCGCGGCUUUAAAGGCCCUCGACGCAAUGGAAUUCAGAACAAAGCCUCCUCUAUCUCGGGUGCUCCUGUUGAUAUGAGCUGCCCCCUUGUGCACCCUAACGGUGUGAGGGGUACUCCCAAUGUUCCCAGUGGUUUAGCCACGCCCCCGGAUCACCGAUUAAUGACCCUCCCACGCCCCGUCGAUCUUCCGCUGUUUGAUAUUGGACAGGAUGUGGUAGCUUUUGACCCGAAAGCCCUGCCCUCGGGAUUGGACCUGCGAGAACGAUGUAUUGAAGCUUUCUAUUACCACUUUUACCCGGCCCAUCCUUUCAAUCUUCCCCGAAACAAUCACUUUGCCCUGAGGAAAGAGAGGCCCAUCGACUAUCUUGAAGCGGCGAUGCGAUAUGUAGGCUCUUUCUAUGUCCCACAGGCCCCAACUGUGGCCCUGGGCUUGGAAGCUGAGCGGUCUGUCUACCAAGCAGAUUGCCCCAAAGAUGGCUUCAGGGUGCAGGCAAUGCUUAUUCUUGCAAUUGGUCUGGAUGGAUACACUUAUCAAGAGAAAGCUCUUCAAAUCCUUCUGGAUGCCCAGGAUCUGGCUCUCGAAUUGGGAAUGCAUAAUCGCGAGUUUGCAUUCAUGAACGGAGUUGGCUCUGAAGUCCUACAAGAGAGCUGGCGACGAACAUGGUGGGAAUUAUACAUCACUGAUGGCAUGAUUGCAGGUGUCCACCAGAAGAGUAAUUUUCGAAUGAAAGACAUACUUGCUGACGUUCUUCUACCCUGUGAAGAAAGGGAGUAUAUAACUGGUGUAAGUGUGACCAUCAUUAGCUCAGCUUGGGUGGUCAAGCUAAUAGCUGUAGCAUAUUCCACAUCCACAUUCGAUUCAAGAUUUUGACGACGAAUCAUUUGAUGGUAGAGAUUUCACUUACUCGUCAUAUACUUACCGAAUUGCAGCCAUUCGGAAUCUUGGGAGAGUCCUCCAGUCUCGCCAAAUAUUGCCGAGUGAUGAGCCAACUAUGGAUAGAGUAGAUGCAUACCUCGUCAAUUGGAGACUACACUUGCCAGAUGACAAGAAAACAUUCAUCAAUGCGGACGGGUAUCUGGAUGAGAUGCUGUUCCAAGCUCAUAUGAUAACUGAAGCAACGACAAUCCUCCUCCACAGAGAAGCUUCGGAGCUCGACUCAAGUGUCGCCAGGAAUGUCACCUCUUGCGCUCCUCACAAGGCAGUCAUGCCAGGCCCAACCCACAAUGUCCACGCCGCAAAGACCAUUCAAGCCGCACAAGACAUUUCCAAGUUGAUCCAACUACCGGUGCCACUCGUCAAGCACACCCAUUUCUUCACCUGCGUUGUGACACUCGCAUCCAUCGUCCAUCUGUCCUGCUGGUCUGUCCUCAUGCCAUUAAUGCAUGAUGACGACCUCAAGCAACAACUUCGUCUCAACACAGGCGCGCUGAAAACGCUUUGGCAAGUCUGGCCCGCGGCUGGCAAAGCUUUCGGGCAAGUCAAGGGUGUUGCGCAAGAGAUUUACGCAGGCAAGAAGCAAGCCGCUGAAGUCGGUUACUGGGCGAAUCUCACGGAGGACGAGGUCAUGCGAAGCAUGAUCGAGGAUCAGAGUAUUAUGGAAGAUUUACAACUGCUCAAUUAGGGAGGCUUAUCUGGGGGAGUUCUCUGCAGCUGGUUUCGUUGUGCGCUUUGGAUUGGUUGUAAAGUAGUUUUAAUCAGAUCUUGGAUCUUGGAUCCUAGCUACAUUAUUCGAUGGAUAGCAUGGACCCGCCUUAAAUAGUUUGCAAUAAUGAAACUUUUGGAAAUACAGC